CGUGCACGGGCGCGCCGUGCGGGCGGCGCCGAGGCGCGGGCGGGCGCGGCGGGAUGUCGGGGCCCAACGGAGACCCGCACGUGUUGGGCGGCGGCGCCGGCGACGAGGGCGACGAGGGCGGGGACACCUUCGAGGAGGAAGAAUAUGCAGCAAUAAACUCCAUGCUGGACCAGAUCAACUCCUGCUUGGAUCACCUGGAGGAGAAGAACGAUCACCUCCACAUCUGCUUGAAGGAACUGCUGGAGUCCAACCGCCAGACCCGGCUGGAGUUCCAGCAGCAGAGCAAGCAGCUGAACACAGGAGCUGAUGUGCAGGGAUCCCAGCCUCCUGCCUAGAGUCUGACCACACACACAGCUGGUGUUGCUAAAGGACAGUUACUGGUCACCAAUUUAAUGUAAAACUUGAAUAGCAGAGGUGCCUCGUUUCUGUUACUUGUUCCUUUCUGUGUUGUAUCCUGCCAUCAUCUCCAUGUUCUGUUUUCCUUUAGCUGUGAGACAGGUGCAGAAGCACAAAGGUGGCUGUAGGAGAGCUGGUUCUUUCUGCUCCCCAACAUGAGCCUGACACUCACACUUGGUUAGAGCUGAUUGUAGGAAACCUGAGCCCAUGCAGGUAGUUUGCAGGCAGGCCCUCUUCACAAAGUGGAAAAAUUAUCCCUGCUCUCUUUUUCUUAAAUCCAACAAGGAGUAUUAUGGCUUUACCCCCUUUGGCAGGGGCUGUCCUGACUCCAGGCUUGUCCCUAAGUGUAAUGACACUGGAGAAGAUGAUUGAGCCCUGAGGAGGGCUUAGGGUAGCUGCUGCCUUGAAGCUACAGCUUCUUCUCCCUUAGUCACAUUAACUGUGAUGUAUGAAAUACUGGCAUGUGGUUCCAGAUCACUGGACACUUCCACUCCAUUCCAAGCAGAUAAGACAAACUACCAGGGUGAUGCUUCUGACCAUUGUAACUGGAAGCUGCCUCACUCCUUCAGCUGCCAUUAAGGACCAAGGUGUGGAGAGAGGCAGAGCAGCCUGGUGAGGGUGAGCCCCCACCACAGCAUCAGCAACAGAGAGCAGAGCCCUCCCUGCACAUUCUGACAAGGCACGAGAGGUUUGCUCUGUACUUUGUGAUCCUGUCAGUAUGUCCUAGAGCCAGCACUUGUGAAGCAAGUCUUACUGUUCUACUUAUGUAGUGUUAAAGGAGUUUUUUGGAAAGUUAAAAGAGGUUAUUUAAAAGAAAUCCGUUUUAUUAAAAUCAGUUUGAAACAAACUUUGUUCCUGAGAGUCUCCACUAUGAGAACAGAUUGGAUUAAGCCUUGUGGUAUUAACAAAGGACCAAGGUGCAUGUUUUUGCCUAGCUUAGGACUUGUCCAAGACUGCUUGUCCAACAGUGUGUAUCUUAGAAAGGAAAGUGUUCUGAGAAGCAGAAUUCAGCAGAGUCUCAAGAGAUAAACAUUUUCUCUGGAAAGGAAACGAGAGGAACUACAAAGAAUUCUUAAAUCUGCAUCUAUCACUCCGUGACGUUUGUCCCCUAUGGAAAUCCCAUUACCAUCUUCUUUCAGGUUCAACAAUCCCAAGCCUCAGUCUUUCCACAUAACUGCUGUAUCCCAACUGUACAAGUAAUAAGCAACACUAUCCUGUAUUAGACACGCUAAAGCCAGGCUUAUUUAUUCUUAAAAUAAAAACAGCAGUAAAGUUGAA